UUGAUUCAAUUCAAUGCGCAACAUCACUCGGACGUCACUUUCUUUGUCUAUGACAAACCUGACAGCAAUGACCUGGUCUCUAUCUCUCAUUCAGACUUCUAUCGAGCUUGUCAUCGGGCCGCCCAGGCAAUCAGACCAGCCUCCGCAGGCGCAGACAAAGAAGUGGUCGCCCUCAUCGCGAAGUCAGACACUCUUCUUUAUCAGACAGUAUUCAUGGGCAUAAUAUUCGCUGGGCUAGUUGUG